AUGAACGAUUUGUUUUCAAAUUCCUUCAAAAAAUACACUGAUUUGAAGGAACAAGCUUUCAUUGAUGAUGUAGAAGCGGGAAAUAAAGAAAGUGUCAAUCUCGACAAAUUCUUUGAAGAUGUCGAGAAUAUAAAAGCAGACAUGAAAGCAAUUGAAAUGUUGUAUAGAAAAUUACAAGAAGCUAAUGAAGAAAGUAAAACCGUGCACAAUGCUAAAACAAUGAAAGAUCUUCGCGCCCGAAUGGACAAAGAUGUAGAACUAGUUCUUAAACGUGUUAAAGUAAUUAAAGGAAAACUUGAAGCGUUGGAUCGAUCGAAUGCGACUAAUAGAAAGAUUGUAGGGUGUGGUCCAGGUUCAUCGGCGGAUAGAACUAGAACUUCGGUAGUUAGUGGAUUAGGGAAGAAAUUGAAAGAUAUGAUGGAUGAGUUUCAAGGUUUGAGAGCAAGAAUGCAACAUGAGUAUAAGGAAACAGUGGAAAGAAGAUAUUUUACAAUAACAGGAGAGAAAGCAGAUGAAGAAACUAUAGAGAAUUUAAUAUCAAGUGGUGAAAGUGAAAAUUUUAUGCAAAGGGCAAUUCAAGAACAAGGCAGGGGUCAAAUAAUGGACACAAUAUCAGAAAUUCAAGAAAGACAUGGUGCUGUUAAGGAAAUAGAGAAGAAUUUGGUUGAGUUGCAUCAAGUGUUUUUGGAUAUGGCUGCUCUAGUAGAGUCUCAAGGGCAACAACUUAAUAAUAUUGAGAGUCAUGUUGCACAUGCUAGUUCUUUUGUACAAAGGGGGACAGAACAACUUCAAGAAGCUAGAGUGCAACAAAAGAGUUCUAGGAAGUGGACAUGUUAUGCCAUAAUUCUUGGUAUUGUUUUUGUUAUUGUGCUCUUGUUUCCUCUCUUGACAUCACUUAUACCGCAUUUGUUAAAAUGA